CAGCGCCUCCUACCGGCUGGCAGGCGGCAACACCGGCUCCCCCCUGUUGCCUGCGGUGAGUGGUACAGUAACGGGACAGACAGCAGGUUCAACCAUCAGUCCCAGCUGAGAAUGGAGAUGGGUGAACAAUAACAGCUCCGUGUUUUACACAUUAUUCACAUUUCUCCUCUGCAGGCCAGGAGGUCUCUCAUUCAUUUAAAACUCACUCGCCUCAAUUGAAAAGAGACUGAGACUCUUCUAUCAAUUUAGACAACACCGGCUUUUUGUUCCCGUCCGUCAUGGCGAUUGCCCACGUAGCCACCGAAUACGUUUUUUCCGACUUUUUGUUGAAGGACCCCACGGAGGGGAAGUACAAAGGCGUGCGUCUGGAGCUGGCGGUGGACAAAAUAGUCACGUUUCUGGCGGUGGGGUUGCCUCUGUUUCUCAUCUCACUCGCGUUUGCCCAAGAGGUGUCUGUUGGUACCCAGAUCAGCUGCUUUGCUCCCACUAACUUCUCCUGGAGACAGGCAGCGUACGCGGACUCCUUUUGUUGGGCAGCAGUACAGCAACAAACUGACAGUUCACCACUAUGGCUUCACAAGUUCUUUCCAUACAUCCUGCUCUUGCUCGCCAUCCUCAUGUACAUCCCUGCCCUGUUCUGGCGUUUCACUGCCGCUCCACAUCUCUCCUCUGACCUCAACUUCAUCAUGGAGGAGCUUGACCGCUUUUACAAUCGUGCCAUCAGACUGGCAAAGAAUCUGGCAGCCUUAGAUAGCAAGGAUGCACCUGAGGACACCCAGAGUGCUCUGGACCUGACCGAGAGCUGCUUCAAAUACCCAUUAGUGGAGCAGUAUCUGAAGACCAAGCGCUUCUCUCACUCUCUCGUGGUAAAGUACCUGGUAUGCCGCGGCCUGACUCUGCUCAUUCUCCUGCUGGCCUGCCUCUACCUGGGCUACUACAUCCGACUGGCCUCGCUCACCGAUGAGUUUCCCUGCGACAUGCGCACAGGAGUGCUAAAGAACGACAGCAUGGUGCCGUCUGCUGUCCAGUGUAAGCUUGUGGCCGUGGGUGUCUUCAGGCUGCUCAGCUACAUCAACCUGGGGGUGUAUAUGCUUCUCACUCCGUUGGUGGUGUACACUGCUCUUGGACCGGCACGCCAAAGCUCCAGCUUCCUCCGGCCGUAUGAGAUGCUGCCGGGCUUUGGUGCUUUGGGUGUGGUCACGCCCUUCUACAAUGACCUCAGUAUCUAUCUGCUGUUCCUGCAGGAGAACCUGAGCGAACUCAAAUCAUUUAAAUGCCUUCAGGUGCUGGAGUUGUUGCAAGAGGCUGGUGAUGAGGGGUUCGACACCAUGUGCCUGCUGCGAACUCUGGGACAGGUGAAGACAGAUGUCUUGGACAGCAAGAGGACGUGCUCACGCAAGAAAGCCAAAGAAACUAAUAAGGCUGAAGUAUAACUCCUCUCAGAUCUCUCUGUCUUUUUACUGUACGGUUGUCCUGAUGAGGAUAAAACCUGCUGAGAUGGAACAGAAGGAAGCAAAACCUGUGCACUUACUUUUGUCUGAACUGGUGUUGGUGGAGCGUAGUCUAUAUCAAAAAUAGAGGAGGUCUAUACUCAUUCACACAGUCUGUAGUUCGGCCAAUAGACGUUUCAUCUCUCAGAUGUCAUUUUUUAAACAAGUGAAUGCUUUAUAACUUCAAGUACAAGUUCCUCAGGUCUGAGGCGACCUGCUGCUCACUGCAGACCUUGUAUUUUAUUUCUGAAAGGAAAUUUCUAUGUUUCUAUUUUUUCUAUAGUACAUGCUACUUUUCUCAGGAUCUGAAAUGCCUUCCAAUCUUUAUUUGUAAUGUAAGCCAUGUUCCUGGUGCUGAAAGCUGCAUAUUAAUUUUCCAGGUGCGACAGCCUAUUUCCUGCCCUUAACUUUCUGAAGAAUGAGAUUAGAUGUAUUUAGUUGAGUGUAGAAAGGUGUUGUGAUUGACGAAAGUUUGUCCAUUCAAAGUAAGCAUAAUAUAAAUAUGACUUGUUAGGUAUUAUAAGAACCGCUGGAGCAGCUCAGUCUGGACUGUGGAAGUUGAACUGUAAAGCAUGUGAUUCUUUAUGUACUAUGUGCAUGUUGAAAGUAACACAAGACCUAAAUUGUCCAAACCAAUGGACUGAUGGCGGCUCUGUAUUUUACAUGAAAUAUGAAUGAAUAUUGUUUGGGGGAAAUAAAAUACUUCAAUCAAUUACUGUCAGGAGUAAGGCAUCUUAGGCCGUCAUGGGUCCUUAUACAAUUAAAGAAUGUU